UGAUUCACAAAUGCACGAAACCUGUUCACUGAAAUGCUUCAUUAAGAUCUCACAAUUGUCGGUGUUUUUAUUGGGUUCUUGUGCACAUGAGAGAGAGAGAGAGAGAAUUAGAGUUGAGAAAAUGUUUGUCCUGUUUUUCCUGAAAUAGGGUUCACACUGUGAGUGCAAGGAGUUGUUUUACCAUAUUAGAAGGCCAUCAUGUUUGCAACUGCGAUUAGGUAUAUUGGAAGGAAACCAAAGCCAAAGAUGAAACCAAUAGAACUCAAAACGCCACCAGAGCAAACACAAACCAUCACUAGAGCUAUUUUUGAUAUCGUGAAGGAUCAUGGUCCUCUCACUAUCGCAGACACGUGGGAACGCUUGCAGGAAGUUGGUGGACUGUCGAGCAAAAGGCAGAUGAAAAUAGUAUUGAGAUGGAUGAGAGAGAGGCAGAAGAUUAGGCAAAUUUGCAACCAUGUAGGGCCCAACAAGCAAUUUCUGUAUACAACUUGGUUCACAAAACCCAAUAUCAAGCACCCAAGGCCGGGAAAUUUUUCUUCUCAACCAAAGCUUCCAUGAACUUCAUGGUUACUGCUGGCUGUGAAGUUAAUCUGAUUCCUACCUGAUUCUUUCACUGGAUAUUGCUGUAUAUUUUCUCUCUUCUAAAUUUUAACGUUUGGAUAGAAUUUGAACUAAAGGUGUUAAGGUUCCAAAGAAAUUGGAAAGUCUUGAGUUUGCAGCCAAGGGAAACUUCAUUUGAUUGUAGGCCUUCUGGCCCUGGUUUUUCUCAUUGAAAUCCUUUCUAAUUGGUGUCCAAAAAAAA